AUGGCCAAAUUUCUCGAAUUCAAAUUUAAUCAAGACCCCCUAACAGACCUUAAACACGAAUACUGGAUGGAAAAUCCUCCCGUCGAAUUGGGCAUGGAUUUAAAACAAUUGCUCAGGCCGAGUGACCGCAAACAAAAUCGCAAAAAUCCACCACGUCCCCAAGAAUCCUUCGUUUUAUACCGACGCAAUCUCAAUGCGUUAAUGAAAAAGACUUCGACAAAUUUCAACCAACGAAGUACAAUCGCUAAAAAUCAAUGGGCGAACGCAAGUGACAUUGAAAAAGAAUUUUUCAAAAUGUUGGCCGGCAAGGCCAAAGAAAUUCACGCCGAAUUAUACCCCGGCUACAAAUAUCAACCUACAAAAGGUCGCAAAAAAGAUCAAUGUGUUUCUGAAAGCAAAUUAAGCAAAAAAAAACGAGUUCAAGAGAAUAAAUCUGCCGCCACUUAUUUCGACGACCGUAUGAUUGAAGACAUCAAUCCUGUAACUUCGCCAAAAAGCAAUGAUGUAUCCAUUGCGUCGUCUCCAACUACCGUACAUUCACCAGUCGAUAAUAUUUCGACUCCGGCUCUAACGUUGUACUCGCCAGAUAGCAAUGAUGUAUCCAUUGCGUCUUCUCCAACCUUAUAUUCACCAAUCGACAACGUUUCCAUAAUUUCGCCUUUGUUCGCAUCUGAAAGCGACAACCUAACCCGCCAGUCUGCGCAGCAGACUAUCUUGACGGGUCAGUUUGUCAUUGUAGUCACGGAUGCUCAGAUUGAUUGGUAG